GUGCAAAAGGUUAAAGAAAAAAGUUAAAGAAAAAAAUUAAUCAUUUGCACAAAACAAAGCUACUGAAGCAGGGAGAUUAAAUCCUUUAGAAAUGGCUUAUGCUGCACUUUCUUCACUUAUGUAUACAUUGGAACAACUCUUCAAACCUAAUCAAUCUUUUGUUUGUCAAAGUUCUACACAACAACAUGUUCAAUCUCUCUAUCGAAAUCUUUCUGUUCUGCAAGUUUUCCUUGACGAUACUACCACAAAUGAUAUUGAAACUCUUAAGGUUGUAGAAAAGAGGAUCAGAAAUGUUGUACACAAAGCAGAAGAUAGAGUUGAUUCAAGUCUAAGAAGCAUCAUUCUAGCAGAUCACACAAAGAGGAGAAAAAAGGCUUGUAGAUCCUUUUAUGCAGAAUUGUUGAAAGUGGAACAACAAGUUUAUUUUCUCAACAAAGAGGUGAUGUUGGUCGAGUUUAACAAGCAUAGAAGCAAAUCUGCAGAAUUAGCAACAACUCCUUCCUCACCAGAAAAAAGUACAAUUGAGGAAAAUAGUAUUGUUGGGAUGGAGGAUGACUUCAACAUCAUACUUGAUCGUGUCACUGCCCAAACAGACAAAUUAACUGUCAUACCAAUUUUUGGUAUGGGUGGUAUAGGUAAGACAACUCUUGUCAGAAAAGUUUAUGAUAAUUUAUCUAUUCGUUCCCGAUUUGAUAGACAUGCUUGGGUCACAAUCUCCCAAGAAUACAAUGAGAGGCAAAUGCUUCUUGAAUUAGUCUCUUCAAUUACUGGAAGCAAUCAAGAAAGUAGCGAUGAUGAACUAAUGGAGAUUGUGUAUAGAGGUCUGAAGGGUAGGCGAUUCCUAAUAGAUGAUAUUUGGAGUACUGAGGCAUGGGACCAAAUCCAAAGAAUAUUUCCCAAGGAUAACAAUAAAAGCCGAAUUCUAUUAACCACUCGGCUCAAGUAUGUUGCUGAUUAUGUUAGUUGCCCUUAUUUUCCGCCUCAUAGUAAGUCUUUUCUAAGUCUAGAAGAUAGUUGGAAUCUAUUCACGGAAAAAUUAUUUAAAAAAGAUCACUGUCCUCCUCUUCUAGAAGAAAUAGGGAAGCAUAUUGUACAACAAUGUCGAGGAUUACCUCUCUCGGUGGUUGUUGUUGCUGGGCUUCUUGUAAAAAUGGACCCAACACAUGAUAAUUGGAAGAAGGUUGAGGAAAAUCUGAACUCGUUCUUUGGUACGGUGUCUGAACGAUGCCAAUCAAUUCUUUCUCUGAGCUACAAUUCCUUGCCCCAAUAUUUGAAGGCUUGUUUUCUCUAUGUUGGAGGUUUUCCAGAAGACAGAGAGAUUAAAGUUUCCAAGUUGAUUAGGCUAUGGAUUGCUGAGGAAUUUGUAAGGGGAAGUAGCAAUAAAAGGUUAGAAGUGGUGGCAAAGGAGUAUCUAGAAGAGUUAAUUGAUAGAAGUUUAAUGUUGGCCGGUACACAAGGGGAAAAUGGAAGGAUGAGAACUUGCAAAAUUCACGAUCUUCUUCGCCAACUAUGCCUAAGAGAAGCUCAUACUGAAAAUGUUGUGCAUGUCAUGAAUGGGAAUGUUCCCAUCUCCUUAGAAGCCAUAGAUGAUCAACGGCGACUGAUCGUUCAAUUUGAUCUUCAAGAGAAGCAAUUUUAUCCUACAAGGCAUAGCAGUGGUAUUACAAGUACAACCCGCACCUUUAUUUCAAGGCCAACACAUAUUCGAAAAUGGAAUUUCUCCAUUGUUUCACAGUUGAAGUUGCUUAAGGUGUUGGAUGUAUUUUCAAUUGAAUACGAUUUCUCUUGUGUAAUACCUCAACUUGUACAUUUGAGAUAUGUUGCUGCAAAAGUUGGGGAAACUUUUUCACUAGCCAAAUUGAGAAAUCUACGGACCAUAAUUUUUGAAAGUUUUCUAGGGACCAAGUUGAAGCGCCCGGUAGAUAUCUGGACAACAACGGAGAUUAGACAUGUGGAUAUUAGAUCACCACUCUAUAUAUCUAAUCCUCUUGAGGCAGAACAUCCUCUGUUUCUCAAUAACUUGCAAACACUCACUCUUCACUUCUCUCCUUUUGUUGCGGAACUCAUAAGAAGAAGUCCCAAUCUAAAAAAGCUAAAGAUUUCUGAUUAUUCUGAGCAUCCUGAUUGGCCUGCUAUUCAUGAUUCUCUCAGUCUUUUACAGGAUCUGGAGACACUACACAUAAAAACCAUGAAAUGGAUGAUUUUCUGUGGGGAUAAUUUCCCUCCUAAUCUCAAGCAACUGAAAUUAACAUGUACUUAUAUACCAUGGGAAGAUGUGAAAGUACUGGCUAAUUUACCGAAUCUUGAGAUUCUCAAAGGGCAUUGUGCAUUCAAUGGAACAGAUUGGAAAGUAGAUGAAGAUGUUGUAUUUCACAAAUUAAAAUAUCUACAUCUAUAUAGGUGCAGAGAUCUGGAAAGGUGGGAAUUAGCAGCUGGUAGUGAUAAUUUUUCGAUGCUUGAGAAACUAAUACUGUUUGAAUUGCCUAAACUAGAGGAGAUUCCGGAGAGUAUUGGAGAAAUAAUGACACUAGAAUUCAUCCGAAUAGUUAAUUGCGGCUCUGGUGUAGAGACAAGUGCAAAGAAAAUUCAGGAAGAGCAAGAAAGCUUGGGAAAUUAUGAGCUUGUAGUUCUAAUCUACCCCUAAGAUAUGUUAAAAUUCCAUCUUUGACUAUUAGUCAAUUAUUAAUUAAUAUGCCCAUGUGCUCUUCCUAUUUUUUAUUUCACCUGCUAAAUAGGCUUAUACUAAUACAUAUCAAAGAAACAUUUUAUUAGGCUCAAAAGGGAGAUAUUUUGUUAGGUAAAAAACGAUCCAAGGGUAUAUGUGCUCUAUUUUAGAGUAAUUUUGAUUCUUUUUUGAAUUUACAAUUGCACAGAGUUUCAGGGAUUGAUAUUAAUUUUUAUGCAA